AUGAAGACCGAGGAGCAAACAACCGAGGACGCGGCCCGUCGGGCGCCUGCCACGCGUCGGCAGGAAAAGCCGCCCUUCUCCUACAUAGCCCUAAUUGUGAUGGCUAUUCGCCACUCGCCAAACAAAAGGCUAACUCUUAGCGAAAUAUACGCUUUUCUUCAACAACAGUUUCCCUUCUUUCGUAGCUCUUAUCAAGGCUGGAAGAAUUCCGUACGGCACAAUCUAAGCUUGAAUGAGUGUUUUGUAAAAUUACCAAAAGGAUUGGGAAGGCCAGGAAAAGGCCAUUACUGGACGAUUGAUCCAUCGUCAGAAUUUAUGUUUGAGGAGGGUUCAUUUCGGCGACGACCGAGAGGCUUCCGCCGUAAAUGUCAAGCUUUGAAGCCUCAAUUCGGUAGUGGUGGAUACUUAUGUGGAGGCGGUGUACCCGCGUUGCCGCCGUCGCAGCCGUCUGGCUAUGAUCUCGGAAACGGUAGUGCGAGUGCAAACGGCACCACAGGGAUAGAUUAUGGGGCUUGUGCAUAUCCACAUGCAGGAACGAGCCAGCAGUUGGCUUAUGGUGGGGAGUAUUGUUCGUACGGUGGAAUGGGGGAACGAGAGUGGCCCUUAGCGUACAGUUCGGUGGAACCGGGAUACCGACCCCCAGCGGCAUCUCCGCCGUCGCGUCAUGACCUCCCGGACCUGAUACCCAACUAUCAGUACGCAGUUGCCAAUGAUCAUGUAGCACUUGAAACGCUUCGCGAUCCUGUCCCACUUCACGAGCUCAAGUGGUACGUGAAUUAUUACUCGAUGAUUAACGGUUGCUACCAUAGAUGCGGUUAG